CUCGGUCCGACUUGUUGGCUAGCGGUCUAACAAAGCUCGAAGUCUGAAACCCUAAUCUAUUCUGCUCACACUUAUGGCUCUCUUUCCCUCCGGAGAGUCAAAACUUUGAUUGCAAAUCUUACAUUCAAUUCUUCUUCGCGAGUACAACCUUUUGUCAGCUGGCCUUCAUCGAAGUCCGGAUUCCUGUGGUUAAACUGAAUUUUUAGCCCCAAAACAAUGAGUGGUAGGGGAGGAAGGGAUCGUCCUCGGAGGGACUAUCCUCCUAGAGACUAUCCUCCAAGGUCAGAGGACAGAAGCCAUCAUAAAAGGAGCAACCCUCCUUCAAGGCAUCUUUGGAUAGGAAACCUCUCUCACAGUUUAACUGAAAGUACUUUCACUAAUCAUCUCCUGCGUUUUGGGGAGCUUGACAGUGUUGCAUUUCAGCCUGGUCGCAGCUAUGCCUUUGUUAAUUUUAAACAUGAGGAGGGAGCCUUUGCUGCUAUGAAACAACUCCAAGGUUUUGUUAUUGCUGGAAAUUCGCUUAGAAUUGAGUUUGCAAAGGCGGAAAAAUCAUCACCACUACCUCGAGGUGAGGAAUAUUUACUACACCGAGAUGAACGCCCUUCAGUUAGGGGCUCCCCACUUUCACAAAGGGAGUCAAGAACACGCUACUCUAGUCUUGACCCACCAUAUUUGGACAAACUAGACAAACCAAAGGCAAGUGAUAGAAGUGCAGAACCCAGUCCAGUCUUAUGGAUAGGGUUUCCUUCUCAACUGAAAGUGGACGAGUUUAUUCUAAGAAAGGCUUUUUCACCAUUUGGAGAGAUAGAUAGGAUUACUGCAUUUCCUGGACGUACUUAUGCAUUUGUGCGAUUCAAAAAUGUAUCAGCAGCUUGCAGGGCAAAAGAAACUCUGCAGGGAAAAUUAUUUGGAAACCCUCGUGUAAAUAUUUGUUUUGCCAGAAGUGAAUCUGGUACCUCCAACCGGGAUAGGAGCUCAAUGAAUUCUCCACCAUCCCCUCAUUUCAGGACACAUGAGCACCAAGGGUUUUCUGAGAACUUUCGGCAGGAUAGGAACUUUGGUAAUGUCACUGGAGAUCAUGACCUGAGAUCUCCUCGUUAUUACCCAGACAUGGAGUCUAGUGAUCCUCAUCUGGCUAAUUAUGGUAGAAAGGAAAACUUAUGGGCUGGUGAGGAUGGUGCAUUUGAGCAGAGGAGAUACUCAGCUCUGGGCUCUGAACUAGGGCCACCAGGACAUGCAUAUGAACUCCAAAGUCCUCCAAGGAAAAGACUUCAAGAUUUCCAUGAUUUUUCUCCUCCCCAGUUCCCUCGCCGAGAUACAUUCUAUGAUGAUCAAUGGGACUUGCCAGAGGAUGCCUUGCUCUUUCAUGAAGCAAAGAAGCUGAAGCCAAGCUCCUAUCACCCUGACAAUGAGCUUCCAGAAUAUCCUUUGUCUGAUUCAGGACGGUCCAAGCAGAGGAUCUACCAUGAUUAUCCACAAAUUGAAAUCCUUGAUAAAAAUUUUGAUUCUAGGCCUGUUGAUUACAGAAAAAUUCCUGACCGCCCAGGUUCAUCAAACCUUCCUUAUGGUGAUGAGAAUGAUAGGAGGAAUGCAUCUCUUGAAGGUUUUCAGAGGAGUUCACGUCCUUUGGCAACAAAUUCUGAGCGCAGAAGAUUAACUCCAGAAGCACGCCCAUCAUCUGUGAAUAAAGAGUGGAAAUGGGAAGGUACUAUAGCUAAGGGAGGAACUCCUGUGUGUCGUGCUCGUUGCUUUCCCGUUGGACAACCUCUGGACAUGAAUUUGCCUGAAUACUUGGAUUGCACAGCAAGGACUAGUUUAGAUAUGCUUGCAAACCAUUACUACCAGGCCACUGGCUCUUGGGUUGUUUUCUUUGCUCCGGCAAACGAUCCAGACAUUUCAUUUUACAAUGAAUUUAUGAAUUAUCUUGGGGAAAAGCAGCGAGCAGCCGUUGCUAAAUUGGAUGAUUGUACUACUUUGUUUCUUGUACCUCCUUCAGAGUUCUCAGAGAAAGUGUUGAAAGUACCAGGAAAACUGAGCAUGUCAGGUCUUAUUUUGAGGUUAGAUCCUUCUGGUUUCGGUUAUGAUGAACUGCAUGGUGGACUCGAGAAGCAAGACACCAAUCUUCCUCCAUUUCAGGGGAUGGCAUCGUAUGCAAAUCCAGCAUCGCCAACUGGGCGUUUUCCGCCAGCAUCAUCUGGGCCUUAUCCAUCAGGUCCAUCUUACCCAAGCAUGGAGAGGGCUGUAACUAGGAAUUCACCAUUUGUUAAUGCUGUUGGAGCUUCACCCGCUUCAUUUUCUGGUUCGUCUCAUCCCAAUGGUAAAUUUCCAGACCCCAGUAAUGCAAAUGGACAUGAAUAUAGGUUCCAUCAGCGGAACCAUGAAAUGCAGAAUCUGAAUUCCAGCACACCGAAUAUUGCUUCACAACCAUCCUAUAACUCGAUCAAUUCCAUCAUCACUCAAGAGUAUGAUUUGGCUGUGCCCAGGACAGGACAAGAAAGUUCAAAUGUUCUCAAGUCUUCCAUUCCUUCAGCAACCGCAAUGACACUUCAACCAGAACAACUGGCACAAUUGACCUCGUCUCUUCUUGGUCAACAGACUCAACCGAUGGUUGCAGCGAGGGGUGAAGACUUUAGGCAGCCGGGUGCCAUGCCCCAGUCUGAAAACGCAUACAGGCCUAUGCAGAAUUAUGUGCCACCAAACAAUCAUAUACCCGAGUUUCCAUCAUCACAAUUUGCUCAAGUACAGCUACAGCCUCAACAACAGAUGACCUCAAUGCCUCCUGUUCAGCCCGGUGCUCAAUCUAACCCGCCAAUGCAAAGUUCUGGACAAGACAACUCAGACCCCGAGACACGCCUGCAAGCAACAUUACAGUUGGCUGCAGCUCUUCUUAAACAAAUUCAACAGGGUAAAGGGAACUGAGAAGUGAUUUGUUGUCUUAACUUGUGUCCUCCCCAAUUGUGUUAUGUACCUUAAAAUGAAGAGAGUUUUCUAUGCCUGCAUAACUUUUCCAGUCAUAUUGUUUGUAUCACUUUCUAUGUGAGUAGUAGACUCUUAAAAGUUACACUCUUCGUACUGCAGUUCAGAAAUGAAAAUUUUACUUUUCAAGCU